AGGAGGUAUAUAAGUGAGCCAACCUAGCUGCUUCAUUAAGUUUUGAAACUCCGAAACGGAGAACAGAGUGUGAAGGACGUCGUUUGAAUUCGAAUUCCACCAUGGGUUGUUGCCUUUCCUGUGAGGAAAUCAAGUUUAAACUGAAUAGUCCUCACGGUAAAAUGUGGGGAGCAGAGACCCAUGAAGCAAGAGCUGAUGCAGCCGUUUCGGCUGGUGAAAAUGGUGUCAAAGUAGUAUCUGUUCCAGCUACCGAAGUCACUGUUCUAGAAACGUCACAAGAUAAGCCCCAAGAAGCAUAUGUGGUUCAAAAUGAGCAGGUCAUUCGUCCAUCCAGCCAUGCACUCUCCGCAGCAAUGGCGCAACAAUUACCGCCCAUCAGUGAGACCAAAGAAGUAAUGGAAGUUCACACGAUAAACCCUGCGGCAAUGACAGGUUACCGACAAGAAAUAGAAAGCGUGCAGUAUGAACCGACCUAUCCCAUCAACAGCUAUGCAUCGCCGGCGUACUUUUCGGAAUCUGGGUUUUUCCGGCAGACGCCGGGUCGGGAUGGACGGUGGUGGCACAGAAGGGAGUACAGCAUGGGGGACUGCCCAACUCCUCUUCAUGAUGGAGUCUACAACCAUAGAAUUGAUGCGAACAAAUUCGCUUCUUUGUUCAGUGAUGAGAAUCCAAACGCUUGUUCUAUCGUUUAACUACAACGCCAUCUUUUGUGUAUAACACCAUCGUCGUUGAAUGGUUCGUUUGAAUUUUUUGAACAAAAUCGCCAAGCUAAAUCUUGUUCAUGUACAGUUCUAACUGUUCUAUGUGUGUGCGCGUGCACAAGCCUGUGUGAACUAAUUCAAGCUAUAGAAGUUUGCUAA